CUCAUCGCGCUGACCAACACCAACCUGCCAGCUUCCAUGACUCUCAGAGUUUUUGUCAGAUCGGAUAUGAACCCUUGAAGGAAUAUCAGAGCGCAAGUUUUUUCUCCAUCCGUGAAACCUUAAGGACUCUGAUGAAGACUUCAUCUUCUGUCGGAUGAUGGCAGCCUCCGUAAUUCCGCUGCUCGGGAUUAUUCUGAAAAUCAUUUGUGUUGCUGCCAUUGAACUGAGGUUCACGCCUGAUCCACCAACACUCAACAUCUACGGCACCCAUCGGAUGAACAAAUCUGACAACCUGGAACUGACAUGCAGAGGUCGGCAGUACCUGAAGUGGGACACCCCACCGACAAGCACUCGCUUCUCUACCAGUGACUGCAGCGGAUCGGGACUUUUCUGCACAACGCUGACAAUCAUCAACGCAACUGUCAACGAAACUGGACAAUAUCAGUGUUUCUACAGAGACCUGAGAAUUGAAGACGGCAAGACUGCAGCAGCAGUUUACGUGUUCGUCCAUGAUUACAAGAUGCCGUUUGUGCCGUCUGAGAAGGAGUUUGAGGUGGUCUUCAUUCGUGAAGGAGAGAGGGUGGUGAUUCCCUGCCGAGGCUCGUUGGAAAAUCUCAACGUUACACUUAACACUAAGUACCCAAUCAAGGAGCUGCAUCCUGAUGGCAAGGACUCAGUGUGGGACGCCAAGAAGGGCUUCACUAUACCCACUCAUCUGAUCAGCUACGCCGGUGUGGUGUCCUGCCAGACUCGUAUUGGAAACGAGACCUUUAAGUCUCCUCUGUACAUCGUGGCUGUUGUCGGAUACAAGAUUUAUGACCUCACCCUGACCCCUGUUCAACAAAAGCUGUCUGUGGGGGAGCGGCUGGUGCUCAGCUGCGCUGCUCACACCGAGCUCAACGUGGGCAUCGAAUUCAACUGGACGCACUCUGGAGGGGUCCAGAACUCGGAGGAUGGUUUGAGGCUGUCCCACACAGUAUCACAAAAAAAGAAGCUGUGGAACUCUCUGGAGCUGUCCAACACGCUGAUAGUGGAGAACGUGACAAUGGACCACGCUGGAAAGUUCACCUGUACUGCUUCCAGUGGCCAGAUGGAGAAAUUUGCCUAUUCACAUCUAAAAGUUUAUGAAAAGCCUUUCAUUGAGAUUAAAGAACCAUGGACAAAAGUGUGGGAAGUAAAUGUGGGGGAAGAAAAUGUGGGAGAGCAAACAUCGACGCAGAUCCCCAUCAUAUACUCAGCCUAUCCAGAACCCAGUUUUAAAUGGUUGAAAAAUGGCCACGAGCUGAAGGACGACUACAGACUAAAGCAGAAAAGUGAUGCUCUGGUUAUCCGUGGAGUCACCGAGACGGAUGCAGGGAACUACACGGUGGUCCUGAUCAAUAAGAUCACCAAGGAGGAACAGAGUCGCUCCUUUCAGCUGCUGGUCAACAUGCCUCCUCGUAUUAUCGAGAAGGAAGUGGCUGCAGACACAGAUGUGUACGAAUACGGCAAGAGCCCCACUUUGAGGUGCACGGCCCGUGGGUUCCCCAUCCCUGAGCACAUCCAGUGGCAGUGGCUGUCCAAGGAAGACUGUCCCGAGGCCUUUACGUCAGGAUUUCCAAAGUCUGAGAUCCAGCUGGAUAAAUGCUCCGGCUGGAAAAACAUAACGAGCAGCAGCGGUCACAACCAUGUUGAAAUCACCAAUCUCGUUGAUAGAACUCAAAAGAAAUUUACAAGUUCCUUGAAGAUUCAGAAAGCUGAGGCUCACGCCCUCUACAGAUGCACAACUGCCAACAAAAUAGGAGCGGAUUCACGAAUCAUCGUUUUCAGUGUGACACGCAACAUCGAGGUGAAUAUGUCUCCGUCCGAUAAGCCCAUGGAGGGGGACAACGUGGUUCUGCGCUGCAAGGCAGACAAGCUGAUCUACAGCAACCUUACUUGGCUUGCUGUUACCAACAUGUCUGAGUUGGUUGAGUCGGCGCAGCCUUGUCACUCGCUGACUCAGCGCUCCAGGCCCAUGUUGCAAGCCGUCCAAUCAACACUACAGGGCACCAACAUCACCCUGGAGCUGACCCUGCCCAACGCUUCCCGUCAGGAUGAGGGCCUUUACGCCUGCCAGGUGGUGAACAUCAAGACGGCCACGAGAACCUGCAUCCUGCGCCGGCUGACUCUCAAAGACCUUGAAGCUGCGAGGAUUCGUAAUAAUUUCACUGACCAAAAAGUCAACAUGAGUUCGACCAUCACUCUCCACUGUGAUGCUGUUGGAACACCAAACCCAACAGUGAUGUGGACCAAAAACAACCUAACAGUGGAGGAGGGAUCAGGUGUGAUUCUGAACCAACACAACCUGACUAUUCAGCGUGUGAAGAAGGAGGACAGUGGUCUGUACACCUGCACUGCAUGUAACAGCCUCGGCUGUGACGCCUCACAGGCCUACCUGACUGUUGCUGGUGCAGAGGAAAAGACCAACGCAGAGCUGAUUGUUCCCAUCGGUUCUGUGGUCAUUGCUAUGUUCUUCUGGCUGCUGAUUGUCUUUGUUAUCCGUGGAAGAAAGAGACCAAAUGGAGGGGAUCUGAAGACAGGAUAUCUAUCCAUGAUCCUGGACUCCGAGGACAUGCCCAUGGAUGAGCAGUGUGAGAGGCUCACGUACGAUGUCAGCAAAUGGGAAUUCCCUCGGGACAGGCUGAAGCUCGGUGACCCACUGGGACGAGGGGCAUUUGGUCAGGUGGUAGAGGCGGCUGCAUUUGGGAUUGAGAAAGCUACCACCUGCACAACUGUUGCAGUGAAAAUGCUGAAGGAGGGAGCCACUUCCAGCGAGUAUCGUGCCUUGAUGUCAGAGCUAAAAAUACUCAUUCACAUUGGCCAUCAUCUAAAUGUUGUCAACCUGCUUGGAGCCUGCACCAAACCGGGGGGGCCGCUGAUGGUGAUUGUUGAGUACUGUAAACAUGGAAACCUAUCCAGCUACUUAAAGAGCAAACGUGGAGAGUACAGCCCCUAUAAGAGAAAGCGGGUGAACAGCCAGAGGUGGACAUCUGCUGAGGACGAUGUGACUGGAGGGGAUCUAGGUUUGGAAAAGGUUGCUCAGCUGGACAUCUGCACAGGAACAGCUGAAGACAGAACUUCAGGCACCACUACAGACUCUCCUGAAGAGAGUUCAGUUGAUGAUCAUCUGACCAUGGAGGAUCUGAUAAGAUACAGCUUCCAGGUUGCCAAAGGAAUGGAGUUUCUGUCCUCUCGCAAGUGUAUCCACAGAGAUCUAGCAGCCAGAAACAUACUCCUCUCAGAGAACAACGUGGUGAAGAUUUGUGACUUUGGUCUCGCUAGAGAUGUUUACAAAGAUCCUGACUAUGUCCGCAAGGGAGAUGCUCGCCUCCCUCUGAAAUGGAUGGCUCCUGAAACUAUUUUUGACCGAGUUUACACCACACAAAGUGACGUUUGGUCUUUUGGGGUUCUUCUUUGGGAGAUCUUUUCCUUGGGGGCAUCACCCUACCCAGGAGUUUGCAUUGAUGAGUCAUUUUGCAGGAGGCUCAAAGAAGGCACAAGGAUGAGACCUCCAGAAUACGCCACCACUGAAAUAUACCAGACCAUGUUGGACUGCUGGAUGGCGUGUCCUACAGACAGACCCAUAUUUGCAGAACUGGUCGAACAUCUGGGAAAUCUUCUGCAGGCCAGCGCCCAACAGGAUGGGAAGGAUUACAUUCCACUGACAGCCAUUGAAGCAGAAAAAUGUUCAUUGUCCAUGGACCUUAGCUGCCCGUACAACCAGCCUCAAAGUGGGACAAUCCUAGAAACUCACUACGACAGCCCAUCGUCUCUUGGACUGUCCCAGCAGAGUGAGAGAUGCAAUCAACCCCUCAGCCUGAAGACCUUUGAAGACAUCCCUGUGGCGCAGAGCAGUGUCAUGGAGGGUCACACAGACAGCGGGCUGGGUUUAAAUCAACAGCUACCCACCACUCCCAACUUCAGCCAACUGCUGCGAUCCAAGAGCAAAGAGUCAGUGGCCUCAGAGUCAUCCAAUCAGACGAGUGGAUAUCAUUCAGGGUACCAUUCCGAUGACACAGACACCCCAAUCUACGCUAAUGAGGAGGUGAUCAUGAAGUACAACAUGCUGAAGAAACCUCGGUUGCCCAAGACACCUGAAAAUUUCAACACAGAGAUCCGCUACAGCACUCCACCUGUCUGACCGCUCGUGUCCCCACUGACUUUACCCAGAGUCCCCUCACUGUACAGUA